AUGUUCGUGAAACAAUCAAAGAUCCUGGUAUUUUGCCUUUUCUUGGGCCUCUCGCUGGCGCUCAAAUUGCAUAUUCCCAUUAGACCGGACGCCCACAUCCAGGAGCUGGAGAUGGAGAGCAGGGAACUGGCUUCAACUCACUCGGAUUUCUCCACCAGUUGCUUCUUGUUCUACAAACCCAUUUUGGCCAAUGUUGCAGAAGAGUUCGAGAUCAACUAUGGGGCCUGCAUUUUGGCCUUUGACAAUUCCACGGCCUUGGUCAAUGCAAAGUAUUCACAGGAUCGCGAGAAUAUCUUGAGAUCUGCCAGUAUCGGUUGCUCGUAUCCUAGUAGCAAUUGCCAGGUGUGGACCUUUGAGCAACAGACCCUAGACACCGUGGUCUCCCGCCUCGAAUGCGCCUCCAUCAAUUCUGGGGAUAGCUCCAAAACCUUCUACGGCAUUUCGGCAAAUGCCACGGAGAUCGCACUCAAGAUCAAGGAGGAAUACCGUGUUCUAGACAGCCAAAUGUUGACUUGCACGAAUGAUGCCCAGCGAGCUUAUGUGGAGGACACGGGAGCUGAGCAAGCAAAGACCAUGUACCAAGUGUCGGCGAAUGCCACCGAAGCCGGCUCGAGCAUCAAAAUCCACCUCCAGACUUUGGACACACAGCAGGAGAGCUGCAACAAUAAUGCUGAUAGGAGUUACGUGGAGAACACCGCCUACACCUACGAGGGACUAAACCAAUGCCUCUCUGGAGCAUCUAUUCCAGAGGAUUCCCCAGCAGAUUGCAAGCGUUUUAUUGCCCAACCAGUUUCGGCCGCCAUGCAAAGCAGUCGUACUCAGGAACCCGGGGAUCUCGGUCCUGAGAUUAUGAUCACCGAACUAAACCGAACCGAACUGAACUGA